CUAAACGCCGACGUGUCCCUCUCUCUCCCAUCUGUUCACUCGAAACGAUCUCCUCAGUCAAACUGUAACCACCACCGUCGCCGCUCGAGGAAUCCGGCGAUCCUCCUCAGUCAACCGUAACGCGAAAUCAAUUCACCUCCGAUCGCUUUCUCCUCCCCUGCAAUUGAUGAUCGGUCGACGAGAGUGAUGUUCCCGGCGCUUCUCGAAUUCGACUGAGGGGAAACGCUGGUAAAGAAAAGAACCCAGAGAUGAGGGCGUUGAGGUCUAAGUUUUGGAGAGCUUGUGAGGAGAAAGGGAAUGCUGGUGGGAAAUCGGACGGAACGGGAGGAAAUGAAGGCGAGACCUCCGAUCAAUUCCAUCACGAAAUUGUGCAGCUGACGAAGCUUAGGUCAGGGCCGCACGAGCUCUUCAGUCGGGAAACCCCGAAGGUCGGCGGGAGGCCCAGGGCAUCAUCCGUUUCCACCUUUAAGAUGUUGGCUGGGAGGGAGGCCAAUUGCAACGGAAGAGGGAGAUUCUCGGCGGCCGAUGGUUGCCAUGUACUGAGCCGGUAUUUGCCUGUGAGUACUCCCGUUGAGGUCGACAACACGAGGAGUCGGGCUUAUGUGUCUCAGUUCUCGGCCGAUGGGUCGCUUUUCGUUGCAGCGUUUCAGGGGAGUCACAUUAGGAUAUAUAAUGUGGAAAAGGGAUGGCAAGUUCAUAAGAAUAUCUUGGCCAAGAGCUUGCGGUGGACGAUUACUGAUACUUGUCUUUCCCCUGAUCAGCGGUAUCUUGUGUAUGCGAGUCUGUCACCUGUUGUACAUAUUGUUGAUGUUGGUUCUUCCACAACCGAAUCGCUUGCAAAUGUAACGGAAAUCCAUGAUGGUUUGGAUUUUUCAAGCUAUGAGGAUACUGAUGAAUUCGGGAUCUUCUCCAUAAAAUUUUCAACUGAUGGGAAGGAGCUCGUUGCUGCAACUAGUGAUGCUUCUAUAUAUGUUUAUGAUCUUCAAGCCAACACUCGAACCCUCCACAUCCCUGCCCACCAGGCUGAUGUAAAUACAGUAUGCUUUGCUGAUGAAUCCGGCCAUGUUAUUUACUCUGGAAGUGAUGACCACUUAUGCAAGGUUUGGGACAGACGAUGCUUUAACGACAGAGGGCAGGCAGCUGCAGGGGUAUUGGUGGGUCAUCUGGAAGGUGUCACAUUCAUAGAUAGCCGUGGAGAUGGACGUUAUUUGAUAUCGAACGGGAAGGAUCAGACCACAAAGCUCUGGGAUAUACGGAAGAUGACUUCAAAUGCCACAACCUAUCCAAGAAUAAGAGAUCCAGACUGGGAUUACAGAUGGAUGGAAUACCCACCUCAUGCCAAAACGAUGAAGCAUCCUCGUGAUCUGUCCUUGACUACUUACAGCGGUCAUUCGGUCCUUCGCACCCUUAUUCGCUGUUACUUCUCGCCUGAGUACAGCACCGGCAGGAAGUACAUCUUCACAGGGUCGAGCGACUGUUGCGUUUAUAUUUAUGACUUGGUGAGUGGAGCUCAAGUGGGUUGCUUGGAUUAUCAUGAAGGACCUGUGAGGGAUGUUAGUUGGCAUCCCAUCUACCCGAUGCUCGUCAGCUCUUCGUGGGAUGGCCGCAUCAUGAAAUGGGAGUUUCCUGGUCCCGAUGAGGAUUCGAUUCCACCUGCUGUCAAACGGAAGAAGAGAGCUACUCGUCAUCAUUUUCUAUACUGAGCGAGGAGAAGGAAGAGAGCCCUGUUCUUGUGAGGGAGCUCAUGUGGCUGUUGCAUACCUAAAGAAGGAUCAAUCUCCUCGUCGUCCUGUGUAUGUAUGUAUACAGAAGAAGAAGAAGAAGAAGAAGAAGAAGAAGAAUAAAAAGGUUUGAGUGGAACUGUUGUGAAAGUAGCUGCUCUGAAUUCCUUAAAAGUUGUAAGUGAAGUUUCUUAUUCUCUCUAUCAGCAAACAUUGUUUAGUACUUUUCUGGUACUUCUGGGUUUCUUGCAUUUUGUAGAAUCACAAUUUAUAAUGGGAAUAGCUUGUGAUGUAUAUUGUUAUAUACAUAGUAAUGAAUUACUCGUCUAUUAUUGGAGUAUACCAUAUUUCAAGUGAUUGAUUGUUGGAGGUACUUUGUUGUACUUUGGUGAAUUAUAAUCAUCAAUUACUAUUUUUUCUUAAAAAAAAAACUUUCUUUGAAUUUAAGUUUACAGUACUAUUUGUAAGGACAUAAUGCUUACAAUGCAUACAAUCGUCCGAUUGCAUGCUAGGUGCUUUGCGAUCGUUGGAUGAAUGCAACAGACAAAGUGGAUACAUCCAACGAAUACGAAUGGUAAGCACGCCGGUAGGGAUGGCAAAAAUAUCCGUAACCGUGGAUAUUCGCUCGAAUCCGGCCUAAUCGGGUAGGGUAAAACAAGAACCCGAAGGACAUUUAGUGGGUACGGGUAAAACCCGAACCCGAUUAUUGCGGGUAAUGGGUGGGCAUGAGUUUCUAACUAUCCAACCCGAAUCCGUCCGAUUAUACGCAUGCAUAUGUAUUUUGUCUAGAAAUAAUUAUUAUUUUUCUCU